GUUUAAGAAGCAUGGCUGGUUUUGCAGAUUUAAACGUUGUAUCUGAAACAAAUAAAGCAUUGAUUCAAGAAGUCCUGGCAAUAGCUUUUAAUCUUGGAUAUGAAUGUGUGGCUGUGAAUAAUUUUAUUCCCGAGCUGAAGAGCAAAGGCAAAGGUGGUGAAAAACAGACUGUAGUGGUUCCCCCAGAUGAAAUUUUACUGGAUGAGAAAAUCUGUAGGCAAUUUAAAAGAGGAAGACGAUGUCUACGGCAACUUUCUCGCUUUACCACAGUGAUAGAUGAUCCUGCGAAAGCGGCUAGACUGUCAUCACCAGAGGUUCAAGCUUAUGACUUGGUGGCCGUAGAACCAACCAGUGAGAAAACAUUUCAUCUGGCUUGUGGGACUCUUGAUAUUGACAUCAUUUCUUUAAACAUGGUUGAGAGGUUGCCAUUUUACGUCAAAAGACCGUCCAUCAAUUUGGCUUUAGACCGAGGAAUCUUCUUCGAAAUCAAAUAUGCUCCAACAAUUCGAGAUAGCACGGCUAGAAGAAAUACUAUUGCUGCUGCUCAGUCUUUGGUGGAAGUUUGUAAAGGCAAGAAUGUGAUUGUCAGCAGUGGGAGUGAGAAGGCCAUGGAGCUACGUGCACCCUAUGAUGUCAUGAAUUUAAAUCUGUUAUUUGGUUUGUCUCCAGCUCAAGCAAAAGAUUCGGUGUCUACCAACUGCCGUAGAAUCCUGAAACAUGCAGAGGCAAGAAAGAUGAGAAAAUGUGCCAUACAGAUCAUGCAGUGUUCCUCACUUUCUGUCACGGAUGUGCAAAAAGACAAGAGAAAACGAAAAAGUGAAAUACCUGUGGACAAUGAAGAUGAUCAGUAUCAAAUGAAGAAAUGUAAAGACACUUGAAGCAAUAGAGUGACGGAUAACUGUUAACAUCACACUCUUGACACAAUGAUCUUCUAGACAUGAAUGUAGCCAAAUAGUGGAACACUGGCCUCAGGUAUAAUGGAUUGUAUGUUUCAAACCCCCCCCCCCCCCCCAUCAGUGAAUGCACUGGAAAAUUUCUCAUUCCAUAUAUGAAAGGUCAUUGUGUAGUUUUGCAGCCUUCCCUGUGGGUAGGAGCAUACACUUGAUACAGACAAUCUGUAGCUGCUAACUGAAAUGGUGAAAGGACUGGUUAAUGUGGCUGGACCAGGUUUCUUAUCUGGUUGUAGACUAGGUGUAUAAACAUGUAUUGGUCAUUUGCGGUGUCAUUAAAAGUCUUUGGUACUUGAA